AUGCUCCCUCUUUCGAACCUCAUCACCCACCCCCUUGUUGUCGGGCUAAUCUUCGCAGCUGCUGGCGUCACUCUCGUGGUUUAUUCCAAUAGCUACGCCAUUGAUUCGGAUGAUAAUAUAGACGAUCAACUGCAACCAAUUCCUUAUCUUCCUGGCAAUCAUCCGAUCCUCGGACACACGUUCUUAUUGGCACGUAAUCUCGAUCGAUUUCAAGAUUGGCUUGUUGAAACAAGUAUCGCUCGUGAUGGAAAACCUUUUGUAUUACGUCAACCGGGAAAGAAUGACUGGUGGUUUUCUGCACGUCCAAAAGAUUUCGAACAAAUCUUAAAAGUACAUUUUGAUACAUUCAUCAAAGGCUCUCAAGUUCGUGAAUUACUUGAUGAUUUUAUGGGUGAAAACAUUGUCAUUAUCAAUGGCUCACGUUGGAAAUUUCAACGUAAGGCACUUGUACAUUUAUUCACAGCCAAAGCAUUACGAGAAGAAAUGACACCAAUUGUUCAAAAAUGUGCCUUGGCAUUACAACGAGUAUAUGCUAAAGCUGCAAAAGAACGAAGUAUAGUGGAUGUUCAUCGUAUGAUGGGACGCUUUACGCUUGAAAUCUUUGCUGAGAUUGAAUUUGGGACUCAAUUAGGUUUGCUUGACUCAGAAAUUGAGCAUCCAUUUGAGACUGCAAUUGAUGCUGCAAAUCAUAUUUCAUUAGAAAGGUUUGCUGUUCCGAUGUGGGUCUGGAAAAUCAAACGAUGGUUACAAAUUGGGUCAGAAAGGGAAUUAACGCAUCAUAUGACAAUCAUCUCAACUUUUGUCAUGGAUUGUAUUUCCAAAGCCAUGGCACGACGCAAUAAACGGCAACAAGUUGCAGCUUGUGGAGAACCAUUAGAACCAGUUGCAAAGGAUAUUGUAUCCAUUCUACUUGAUAGUCAAGACUGGACAAAUGAGCCAGUAAAACCUCAAGAUGUAUUUAAUAUCUCGCUUGCUGGUGUUUUGGCAGGUAAAGAUACAACAGGUGAUGCAACAAGUUGGCUCAUGCAUUUGUUGCAUGAAAAUCCACGGGUUGAACAAAAGUUGCGACACGAGUUGCUUACAAAACUUCCAAGAUUCAUUGAAGAAGAAAGUUACGUCCCGUCUCUCGAUGAAUUAGAUGCCAUUAGUUAUUUAAAGGCUACUAUUCGAGAGAGUUUACGUUUGAAACCACCGGCACCAUGUGUGACGCAACAUUGUACUCGUGACACUGUUUUUCCGGAUGGUACAUUUAUUCCUAAAGGAAUGGAUACAACCUUAUUGUACCAUGCGUCGGCAUUACUACCAAGUGUAUGGGGUCCAGAUGCUCAUGAAUUCAAGCCCGAACGUUUCUUGGACGAAAAUGACAAACUUCUUGUUAUGCCUCCACUCAAAUUUAUUGCAUUUAGUGCUGGUCCACGCAAAUGCGUUGGUCAGCAACUCGCACUUAUUGAAAUGAAAGUUGUUACUGCAUGUCUCCUGAGCCGGUUCCAUUUGACACAAGUUCCCGGACAAGAUAUUCGUGGUACUAUGGGUAUCAGUCUCGGUAUGAAAAACGGUAUGAAAGUUACAGUCGACGCUGCGUCUUUUGCAUGA